AUGGGGAUUGAGAUUAAAGAGCUGGGAAUUGCUGGAGACUUUCAGCUUGAUGAGGCUAUUCUCCUGGGUGCUCUAUAUCAGCGCGCCACAGGUGAACACGGCAAGUUGAUGCUGGAGGGCGAAGAGAAAUCCUUGAGAGCAAUGAGCGGAGUGGUUCCCUCCUUUGUGCCCGAGCCUUACGUGGUGGGCCAGUCAACCGGUACUGCGCCAGAAACAUAUUUUCUGCUGAUGGAGUUUCUUGAGUUGAGUACAGACUUGCCAGAGCCAGCGACAUUCUGCGAGCGACUUGCAGACCUUCAUCGAAAUUCCGUUUCUCCGACUGGAAAGUUUGGGUUUGAUGUGAUAACUUACCAAGGCCCACACGAACAGAAUACUGAAUGGACCGAUAAUUGGUGUCUCUUCUAUACCCGCUUGUUAACGCAGUAUUUCGAAACAGAAAUAGGGAACAAUGGGCCCUCCGAGGAAUAUGAGGAGACUUUUGCGACUUUGAAGAAGCAUGUAAUCCCUAAGAUCUUGGAACCCUUACAGGCGGGAGGCCGUGAGCUGAAACCUUGCUUACUGCACGGAGAUCUUUGGGAAGGUAACUGUUCCACGAAUCUCACAACUGGUGAACCGGUCACCUUCGAUGCUGCAUCAUUUUAUGGCCACAACGAACUAGACCUUGCCAUGUGGCGGCGUGACAUCAGUCGAUUUAGCAAGUCAUACUUCCGACAGUACUUACGAUGCAUGCCUCCAAGUGAGCCGAAAGAACAAUGGGACGACCGAAAUCGUCUCUAUGCAAUAACAUAUGAGAUUGCACAUUCAAACGCAUGGCCGGCCUCUUUUCUAGACCAAAGAGAGAUGUAA